ACAUGAAUUAGAUCAAUACACCAUUUGAAAUCCCAACUUCCAAACGACCCCUAAAUCCAAUCUUGGUCACACAAAUUAGUUUAAUGGUUCAAGAUUGGUCACUCUCCAUCCAACUCCGUUAAAUUUGUAUGAUGUGGCAGUCAACUCUCAAAGUUGACCGUUAAGUCAGUGACGUGGCAAUUAAAAAAUAAUAAAUAAAAUAAAUUUUAAAUUUUCUACCAUUUCCAACUAAUUUUCAAAGUAAAGUAAAACAAAGAAAACAAAAAAAAUAUUAUAAUUACGAAGUAUUCUAUUUCUAUGAGAAAGAAGAGCAGACCAGGACAAGCUUCUCUUUCCCUGUUUUCUCCACCACCUCUGAAUAUCAAAUCUUACUGCUCACUCGGCCAUGGAUCACCAUCCCGUGGAACGUGACCCAAGUGAUCGGCCUAUGCUCAUCCUCCCGAUUACUGACUUAACGAAAUUUCAGUCAUGGAAGACACACUCCACGACUACCCAAUCGUCUCCGACGACGCCGAAUUCCCCAGCUGUCUCCGCUCGACGCCGCGACACGCCGCCGAGGAAGUUCGAUUCACCGAUAAGAAGCACAACGUUGACAACACCGAUUUGAUUCAAUUGGGAGUCUCUCUCUCAAACCAAAAAGACACCGUCGCCGCAAUCUUGCAGUUCAACCUGGCGUUCGACCUAGACCGAGACUUGCACGCCAACUAAUCCAUCCGGUUCUUGAAAGCCCACGACGUCGGUUUCGAGAAGCUGAAGAUCAACGGGAUCGAGCGGAUCCAGUUCGGGGCCGCGUUCGGUGGGCUGAUCGGGAGGAUGCAGGCCGCUCAAUUUGUAAUUAUAAUAUUUUUUUGUUUUAUUUGUUUUACUUCACUUUGAAAAUGAGUUGGAAAUGGUAGAAUAUUAAAUUUUAUUUUUUUAUUUUUUUAAUUUCCACGUCACUGACUUAGCGGUCAACUUAGAGGGUUGACUGCCACAUCAGAUAAAUUUAACGGAGUUGG